GAUGCGACAACAAAGCAAAUCGGAGUAAUCGGCUCACGCCGGCGACAGUUGUCAGACACGAUCAGCGAUCAUUUCGGAUGCCGUCCUGAGAGUUCGGCAGAGAGAAGACCAGCAGACUGGACUCCGCGCUGAUCGCAUCCAUCGCUCCUCUUUUGUGGUCCAGGCCCGCCCACCCUCCAGAGCAGCUGCAAGUUCCCGCCUGCGCACAAUGAGCGACCAGAUUCGGCUGAGCAAUGCGAUGAUAUAGAUAGUGAUAUAUCUGGACAAGUAUGGACUUCCCAGGUCAUUUCCAGCGUAUUUUCCAGCAGCUGAACCAGCAGCGACUCCAUGCUCAGAUGUGUGACUGUGAGGUGGUGGUGGGGGGUCAGAGAUUCCAGGCCCACCGGUCCAUCCUGGCAGCCUGCAGCUCCCAUUUCAAGGCUCUCCUCAGCUCCAAUGAUGAUGCCGAGGGAGGUGAGAAAGGUGGGAGUGUGAUGUCUCUCGACCCUGGUGUGGUGACCCCUGAAGCCUUCUCCACCUUGUUGGACAUGAUUUACAUGUCCACGCUGUCACUCGGCUCCUCCAACGUGAUGGACGUGCUGCUGGCUGCUUCACAUCUGCAUCUGAACUCUGUCGUGAAAGCGUGCAAGCUCCAUCUAUCCAGGAAGAACUUUCCAUCAUCUCCUCCAAAAGGAUGGAGGUCCGGCGGAGAAGACGUAGAGGACAAUGAGGGGGGACCAGAGAUGGAGGUGAGUCAGUCAGGCGGAGCAGAGGAUGAGGAGGUUCAGUGGAUCGGUGAUGGUGGUGAGACUGGCCGAAAGAGAAAACAGCUGGAGCGGUCCAGCAACAGGAAGAGGUCCUGCAGAUCCCCUGGAGGCUGGCGGUGUUCCCCGACUGUGACUGGAAGCACCAUCUGUAUUGAAGAGGAGGAAGAUGAGACACCCUGCUGUUUGAAGACCACGAUCCACAUCAGCGAGGUAGAGGGGAAAUAUCAAGUGACCAAAGGGGAGUCAGACGAGAUCCAACUUCCAAGUAGCAGCAGUUCUGGUGGAAUCUGCGAGAUGAGUGGCGACACCAAAGUGAAGAUAAAGGAGGGAGAUUAUGAGGAGGAGGAGGAGGAGGUAGCUGGGAUCAAAGUGCUGACAGUUGAAGUGAAGAAGGAGAGUCCAGAUCCAGCGACCGACAUCUCUCCUUCAUCCCCGCUGCAGGACUCCAGCCAGCUGCUGGCUGCUCACCUGAGCACUGACACCCUCACUUCAGUGGACAGUUUACAAUCCCAGAUGGGUUCAGAACUUCCUCAGGGGGCAGGAGAUGCAGAAGACGGCGAUGGCCUGGAGAGUCUGUCAGAGCUGGCGUUUUCCUCCUUCCUGAACCCCGGUAAUGACUGUGUGAUGGGGGGUCUGGGAGAGGAGGAGAGCCUGGCAAGUCUCACCGCCGCUGCCACUGCAGCUGCAGCCGCCAGUGAAGCUCCUGGUGAAGCACAGACAGACUCCUCCUCACUAGUCUUGACUCCUGUACCUCUUCAGCAGCUGCUCCCUAGUCAGGGUUCUGGUUUUCAAGGGACUCUAAUCCUGCAGCCUGCACAGAACUCCCUUGGAUUCAUAGGCAAUCUUGGGGUCCAGGUCACCAGAGGAAAGCAGGGGAACAGCAGAGGAGCAUCAGGGGGGAGCAGCGGAACACUCUUCCGUCGCAUUGCUCCGAAAACACAAUCAGAAUCAGAGCCGACCCCAGAAUCUGGCGCAGCAGGAGAGCCAGAUCCUCCCUUCGUCAGAGCCUCGGAGGAGACCGUAGCCAAGUGCAAGAAGGCAGCAGCUGAGGACAAUGUCCUGCUGGUGGAAGGCGAGAAGAAGUAUGCCUGUAAAAUCUGCUCCAAGACCUUUAUGAACUUAACAGACUGCAAGAAACACAUCCGGGUUCACACAGGGGAGAAGCCCUAUCCUUGCCCCAAAUGUGGCAAGCGCUUCAGCCAGUCCUCCCACCUGUACAAACACUCCAAGAACUCCACGUGUCUCAGCUGGAAGUUCGACCAGACCUUCAAGGACCCUUAAUAUUUUUUUGAUAUUGUUAAGCGCAUUCAUUCCUUCAUGUUCUUCUCUUGGCUCACAUGUUUGGGGUCACAGUGGGCUGUCCCGGUUACUUGGGGCAAGUGCUACUCCUUGGACAGACUCACCCAGAGAUCUAAAUAUUAAGUAUAGUUUAAUACUUGUUUUCAAGCCUUUCGAGAGGAUUUCUAUUGUGGAAUGACUGGAAAACACAAUAAAAACUACGAGUGAAGGGGUGAAAAGAUUUUAUUUUAAAAUAUAAGUGCACCAUAACAUUAUUACCUCGUCCAACAUUGUGUUUUUUUUUCUUUCUUUUUGUCAGUUUGCAGUGGUCAGUACCCUCCAGAGGAGGUGCUAUGCGAAGGGCAGUGUGUGAGAACAGAUGACAAACUUCUUUUUUAACUUAUUAUGGAGUGCAUUACAACUGAUUUUUCACAGU